CGCCGAAAUUCUUACUUCUCACAUACCACACCGGAGCUAUUAGUUCCGACGAGAUUUAUUUCAUCUGAGCAAUGUUAUUUACUCGAUUCUGAUUAAAAUAAACCUCGUUUAAUAGGAGUAUAGGGUCGUUCUAAUGACAAACACCAACCGUAAGGCGAUCGUCGUGGGGAUCAGCGGGGCUUCGUCGAGCGGCAAGACAACGCUUGCCCGGCUGCUGCGCGAUGUCUUCCCUCAUACCUUCAUCUUACACGAAGAUGACUUCUACCGGCCCGAAACCGAACUUCCUACCAAGCACGAUCUUCUCGAUUGGGACUGUGCUGAAGCCAUCAACUUCGACGACAUGGCGAGGGCGCUAGAACAUAUAUGUGCCGAGGGCACGUUUCCUCCCUUUGUCGAUUCCAAAGAAGAUCAAAAUUCAGUAGGACAGUGCACGGUCCCGGAAUCCGCCAUAAGCGCCGCCAGAUCCCGCGUAGAAGCAUGGCUAGCACCAGGACAGCCCGGACACGCGAUCUUCCCGUCCCCCUCCUCGGCAAACCUGCGCCUCUGCAUCCUAGACGGCUUCCUGCUCUUCGGGCCCGACCCGCCGCUGCAGCGCAUCACGGACGAGCUCCUGGACAUCAAGCUCCUCCUGACCGUGAGCCGGCAGAAGGCCACGGCGCGCCGCGACGCGCGCGACGGCUACGUCACGCUCGAGGGCUUCUGGGCCGAUCCCCCGGGCUACGUGGACAAGAUCGUGUGGCCGAACUACGCCGCGUCGCACGCCUGGCUCUUCGAGGACGGGGACGUCGAGAAGGCGUUGGAUGGGGAGGUUCUCGCGCAGAAGAAUAUCCUGGCGCUUCCGGGGGUCGUCGGAAGGGGAGGUGGAGGAGAGGGCGAUGGUGUUAAACUUGAUGUUGAUAUGCAGGUUACGUUUGAGUGGGCUGUGGAGACGCUUAUGCGGAAGUUGGAGGAGAUUACGAGAGUAACAUGACGCUCACUAAUUAGUAAGAUGAAAAGAAGAACUAUAUUCCUGAAAUAGAGACUGGAAUUCAAGGCUUUACUGCUAUUUAUAUAAAAUCGGCUUAGGGACGUGAUCUUUAGGUAGGUAGGUAGGUAUAUAGA